CGCAGUUGACGUGUCAGAGGCCCGCGCGAGCGCCAUGUGACGCCGCGCCGUACGCGUUGCAGUUGCGUCCGUGACCAUGUGGGUGGCGCUGGUGAGUGCGCUGCUGCUGUGGCGACCGGCGGCGGGCGACGCCGAGCUCUUCGAGCGGCUCGAGUCGGGCCGGCCGCCGCGCGCCGUCGUGGACAAGCUGGAGGCGGCCUUCCUGAGCACACUGGGCAUGAACCGGAGGCCGCGGCAGCGCCCGGCCGUGCCCGGCUACCUGAGCGAAGUGUACGCGCGGGUGGCGCCGACCACGAGUGAGCUGAACACGCUCGACCUGAACCUGCCGGGCCAGAUGACAGGCUCGGCCAACACGGUGCGCAGCUUCGUCCACAACGAGGACAAGGUGGACCCGCACAAGUACCCAGCCAACCUGCAGCGGUUCUGGUUUAACGUUUCCUCGGUGCCGGCCGAGGAGGCGCUGCGCGCAGCCGAGCUGCGCCUCUGGUGGGCCGGGGCCCAGGACUCGCCGGCAGCCGGCCGGCGCACGGUACAGGUGUAUGACAUUGUGCGACGGACAGGCGCCGGCGGGCGGCCAGUGCUGCGGUUAGUGGACACGCGGCGGGUGGCGGCGCGCGCGCCCGCCCGCCAGCUCAGCCUGGACGUGCGUCCGGCGGUGCACAGGUGGCUGGCGCGGCCGGCCGCCAACCACGGCCUGCUCGUGCGUGUGGUGACGCCGCCCGGCGACGGCGAGCGCGUGCGGCUGCGGCGCGCCGCCGCCGACGAGGAGGCCGGCUGGGCGCGCAGCCGGCCGCUGCUCGUGACGUACACGGACGACGGGCGGCCGCGCACCCGCGUGCGUCGGCGCGCCGGCAGCCCCAAGCGGCGCAGUAACGAGUGCGAGCGCCGCCGCCUCUACGUCGACUUCGCCGACGUCGGCUGGGACAACUGGAUCGUGGCGCCGCCCGGCUACGACGCCUACUUCUGCCAUGGCGAGUGCAGCCAGUUCCCGCUGCCGGCGCACCUGAACGCGACAAACCACGCCAUCGUGCAGACUCUGGUGCACCUGAAAGGCAGUGCUGUGCCCCCACCUUGCUGUGUGGCCACUGAACUCUCGGCCAUCUCGAUGUUGUACACAGACCAGCACAACGAGGUGGUGCUCAAAAACUACCAGGACAUGACGGUGGAGGCGUGCGGGUGCCAGUGAGGGCCCGAG